CUUUUCCACAACCGAAAAAUCAACUAUCUAGGUAAGUUUUCAUUUUCCUUAAGAGAGCACCUUUGAUUUCCUCCACAGUUUAGAUUCAGUCAAUGUGAUUUUUUUUUCCAUGACAUCCACAAUAAAGAAAAUGUGUAGUAUCAUUAAGUGAAGUCAUUUUUAUCACCCAAUUUCCUAUGUAUAUCAUCUUCUUCAUGCUUUAUUUCCACCUACUUUUCUACUCACCAUAGUCUUGUUUAAUAAUCCGUUGCCUCCUUCCUUUAGCCACAUCCAUUUCUCAAUUUUCUCCAAAUGAAUUGGCAAAGCUUUUACUUCUACUCUUUGCUCACUCUGUUUUCAUCACUUAUACUAAUUCAUGUACCUCAAGGUUCGAGUAAUCCUAAUGAAUUCUACCAGACUUGUGGGAAAACGUAUACAUGUGGCAAUAUUAAGGGAUUAAGUUAUCCUUUUAUGAGUGUCGAUGAUCCUUCCUUCUGUGGCUAUCCUGGUUUUGAGCUCAACUGCAAUCAGGAUGGUAGUACUACAAUGGAAAUCGAAAACAUCAAGUAUCGAGUUUUAAACAUACUUCCAACAACCCAAACGAUAAGGAUUCUGAGGGAGGAUAUCAUGGAAUCAAUUUGUCCUGUUGAUUUGGUUAACACCACUCUGGAUUACUCCCUCUUCGAUUUCGCCUCUGGCUAUACGAAUUUGACCUUUCUAUAUGAUUGCCCUGUUGCAUCACACUUUGCGGAAAUGGAUGGUACUUUUGCUUGUAGAAAAAGCAAAUAUCACAAUGUUUUCGUACAGCCUGGUGCUGUAGGCCCGGGGAAGUGCGAUGCCAGUGUCACAGUUCCAGUGCCUCAAAUGAGUGUUGGUAAUAUAGGAUCAUUGAAUUCAUCAGGUUUGGCACAAGUACUACAAGAGGGGUUUGAAAUAAGAUGGAAACUUGAUAGUAAAACCUGCAGUAAAUGUAUCGAUGAAAAGGGAAGAUGUGGAUAUGAUGAAUAUUCGAAUCAAACAACUUGCUUUUGUCCUGGUCCUCCGUAUGCAUCUGCUUCUUGUCCAGUUGCUACUUUUGGGCUUCCUACUUAUGGAUACGCACCACCAUUACCAAUAUCUAUACCAUCUCCAUCCCCAGAUAACCGAAAGAAAAAUCAGAUGCCACUUGCAGUAGGCAUUAGUGUAGGAGGUGCUGUACUUGCCAGCAUUGGUGUUGGGUGGCUAGUCUUCUUCUGCAGACAAAAGAGAAAGCGGAUUGCAUCACAGGCUUCACUUGCCCAAACCGAAAGGAAGGAUCUUCCAAUUUUAAGUUCAAGCAACGGCCUGAGUUCCUCUUCUACUCCUUCUUCAACCACUUUCACCAGAAGCAUUCCCUCUUAUCCCUCUUCCAAAUCUGAAGCUGAUUACGGGAGGGGAAGCUCCUACUUUGGGGCUCAUGUCUUCAGUUUUGCUGAACUUGAAGAAGCCACGAAUAAUUUUGAUCCAUCUAAAGAACUUGGGGAUGGUGGUUUUGGUGUCGUGUACUAUGGCAAACUCCAUGAUGGUCGCGUGGUUGCAGUCAAGCGCUUGUAUGAGAACAAUUUCAAGCGUGUGGAGCAGUUCAUGAAUGAAGUAGAGAUUUUAACUCAGCUCCGCCACAAGAACCUAGUGAUGUUGUAUGGGUGUACAUCUAAACGAAGCCGAGAGUUACUGCUUGUUUAUGAGUAUAUACCAAACGGGACUGUGGCAGAUCAUCUGCAUGGUAAACGGGCCAAAUCUGGCUUACUCUCUUGGCCUAUCCGAAUGAACAUAGCCAUUGAGACUGCUGAAGCUCUGGCUUAUCUCCACUCCUCAGUUAUAAUACACCGUGACGUCAAAACCAACAACAUUCUGUUAGACAAUGAUUUCCAUGUGAAAGUUGCUGAUUUUGGGCUAUCAAGACUGUUCCCAACUAAUGUCACACAUGUCUCUACUGCUCCACAGGGUACACCAGGCUACGUUGAUCCUGAAUACUACCAAUGUUACCAGCUCACUGAAAAGAGUGAUGUCUAUAGUUUUGGGGUGGUCUUGGUAGAGCUGAUCUCAUCAUUAGAAGCUGUGGAUACCAACAGGCACCGCCAUGAUAUUAAUUUGUCUAAUAUGGCUGUCAACAAGAUCCAAGGCCAUUCAAUACAUGAGUUAGUUGAUCCAAGUCUUGGAUUCUCAACAAACAGCUCCGUGAGGAGGAUGACUACAUUAGUCGCUGAGUUAGCUUUCCGAUGUCUGCAACAAGAGAGAGAUCUGAGACCUUCAAUGCAAGAAGUGCUGGAGACAUUGAGAGGCAUCCAGAAUGGAGAGUCGAAAGCACACAAUGCUGAGGUACUGGAUAUUGUGGUAGAUGAUGUUGGGCUCCUAAAGGAGGGCCCCUUUUCUUCUCCAGAUUCAGUUGCCGCUGACAAAUGAGUUGACAGCUCCACACCACAUUCUAGUGGAUGAAAUAUCUUUAUCAGGUUGGUUGAAUUCAAUGCUAGGUGUGGAAGCAACUACUAUUUUGGCACUUGUGAUCAGUGUCAUGUUUGGGCUAGUAUCUCGCGUCUUCCAUAGAUAAUUAAUUUCUUAUUUUUGCUUACAUAUAGUUAUCUUGUUAUCGUCAAUAUUUUCUGUGGGAGAUUAUCUAAAACUGCUUUUCGCGUAAGGCAAUGUAUAUAAAUAGUGAAUAGGGCUGCCAACAUUCUAGUAUACAUAUGCAUCUUUUGCUCUUUGUACAUCAGGUUUUGUUUCUUUACCGACCUUAUGGUCCUUCUGUUA